CGCCCCGGUGCUGCUGCCGCUCCCGCCUGCUCCGCUCUCUCCACAGUCCCGCUCCCGGUCCCGUCCCAGGCGGAGGGGCAACAUGAACGACCCGGCCGUGUCCAGUUUCCUCACCGAGACUCUGUGCGCCCAUGGCGGGCGGCUGGGGCUGCGGGAGCUGCAGGAGUUGGUCGGGCUGUCGGCAUCGCAGCUGCGCGACACGCUGGCGGCGGCGGGCCCCCGGAGGUUCCUGAUGGUGGAGGGCGGCACGGAGGUCGUGGCCGUGUCGGACGUGCGGGUCUGUGCCCGCAAGGUGUGCGACGGCUGCGAGCGGCUGCACCUGUGCAAGCUGCACCUCAUGGGCAGGUGCCACCAGGGGCCCAGUUUUUGUAAGUACUCGCACGACAUCAUGAGUGCUGAGAACAAAAAAGUUCUGAAAAAACAUGAUUUGUCUGGCCUCAGUGAGGAUGAGCUGCAAGUCCUGCUUCUCCAAAAUGAUGCAUUCUUCCUCCCUGAUACCUGCCAGUUUUACAACAAAAGAGGUGAUGACUGCAUGCAGCRAAACAACUGCAACAAGCUUCAUGUUUGUCAGUACUUUCUCAAGGGGAAAUGCAAAUUUYCUCAAUGCAAAAUAUCCCAUAACCUCUUGGAUAGCUGUGCAUUGAGAGUGUUGGAAACUGGAGGCAUUGAUGGGAAGACRGCUUCAAACUUCCAGAUCAUAUGUGAUUACAAGCAUAUGGAAUUCAACAGGAACCAGAAGAGUGGGUAUGUACACAACUACAGACCAAGAAAUGCUUAUGGGAGAAACCCAGCACUUAUGAGGAAUAAAGAACUGAAGGAACCUUUGCAAACAGUGCAAACCAUGCUGCAAUUGCCACCUUCAGAAGGUCGCAGUAGCACCGKAUCUGUUCAGAGCAAACAGCAGCUGCCAACAGGAGCAGGAGAUAAAGMUGAAGGUCACAGUGGCACCGGAUCUGUUCAGAGCAAACAGCAGCUGCCAACAGGAGCAGAAGAUAAAGGUGAAGGUAAAAAGGACARUUCCUCUGAUGAAGCCUCAAAGGACAACAGAAACGAUAACUGUGAUGAGAUCUGUUUGUUCUAUGUCUGGAAGUACUGCAAAAACAAGGAUAAAUGCAAAUCUGUUCAUUACCAUUUGCCAUAUAAAUGGGAGAUAUUUAAUGGGAUCUCCUGGAAUGAACUUGGAAUGAUGGAAGAAAUUGAAAAGGCCUAUUGUGACCCCAAAAACAGCAGCAUGGCGAGUAGGAACAUUGAUUUCCAGACAAUGACCUGCUUUUCUUAUUCGGUUCGACGCCUCUCUACGCCAUCAUCAGUCACAAAACCCACAUUCCUACUGACCACAGAGUGGAUUUGGUACUGGAAGGAUAACCAAGACCAGUGGGUUGAAUAUGGAGAGCAGGGUGAAGGGAGCAGCACGGCCUCACCAACUUCUGCUAUAAUUGAGAACUUGUAUCAAGCAGAUCCAGAUGCUGUUGUACCUUUCCAGGCUGGCCAAUACCAAUACGAACUCAAUUUUAAAGAAAUGACCCAGACAAACACUGUUUUUAAAACUCGCAGACAGAUCUGCAGGCGGCCAAAAUUUGUGUCUUCUGAGGAUGUGCAAAAGAUAAAGACAGGCAGCCAGAGGGAUUCUUCUAUUCCAAAUCAGACCUGUCCUAGCCACUGGGAUGCAUCUGCACUGCCUGACGUGGGACACAAGGAAGUGGUGCUCAGUAGUGUGACCUCUGAAUACAACACAAUAAAGCAGAUGUUUCAUCAGACUAUGAAAAAUUACACCAUCCGUAACAUAUCGAGGAUUCAGAAUCCAUCCCUCUGGAAGGUGUUUCAGUGGCAAAAGGAGAAGAUGAAAAGGGAAAAUGGAGGAAAGGAAGUGAAGGAAAAACUCCUGUUCCACGGAUCCGACGUAGUCUCCAUUCAAACGGUCUGCGCUCGGAAUUUUGACUGGAGAAUUAAUGGAAGUGAUGGCGUUAACUAUGGGAAGGGGAGUUACUUUGCUAAAGAUGCUUGCUAUUCCCACACCUACUGCAAGGUUUCAGAYGUGGGACGCUUGAUGUUCGUGGCUCGUGUUCUGGUUGGAGACUACGUUAAAGGCGACCCCGCCUACGUGCGUCCCCCGAGCAAGCCUGCUGACAGGCUGAGGUUUUAUGACAGCUGUGUGGAUGAUGAGUUAAAUCCUUCUGUUUAUGUUGUCUUUGAAAAACACCAGAUUUACCCAGAGUACUUAAUAUGGUAUAAAGAGGAGGAGAAAAAAUGCAUUAUAUCUUAGAGGACCGUGGCAGUUUGUGUYGCUCAUCUUGCUUUCUGUAUUGCGGGUGUUCUACUUGGUGACUUCUUUCGUUUUAAUACAGUUCCUUGGAAUGUUAAUCCAAACACUUUUUGCGUUGAGGAGGGCUGGCAAAACAUAUCACACUUGUUGUGACUAAUUGCCUUAUCUUCUCCUCUUCCUCUCUUAAAUGAAGCAUGGACAUUUGGAUAACCAUGGCAGGAAAAUCAGAACUGUGGGAUAGGAAAUGGAAUGUUAUGAUCACCGAAGGCAAGUAAUUGUAAAUGCAUCGUCUUAGAAAGAGAGAGGAUUUCUCUUUGCAAACAGUUAACAGAAAAAUUUACAGUACAGUAGUUUUUAAGGAAACUUUUGGAUUCUUUACUGUGCAGAAUUCAUCUGUUCUUGAUCCUUUCGUCUGUCAUUAUUACAAACAGUUCAGUGUAGGUAAUAAUGACUUGAGUUCAUUUCGAAAGCACUGCUUGUUCAUGCUGGUAUGAGUUUCAGGUUAAAAUGAUAAAAAAAAGAAAAAAAAAACAUUUAAAUCCAUGUUGUUAAUUCUUGAGCGGAAAAUAUUUCUCUGUACAAUGGCAGAUGGAUCUGAAAGCUGUUGGAUCAGAUUCUUCAUGGAGAUUUGCGGUAACUUGCUGUAACCUAUACAGAAGCAGAACUCAACUGAAACUUGAAAGCCACCACCUGUGAGAAGGCAGAGACCAAAAUUUGGUGGUUUGGCUGCAACAAAUGGCCACAACAUAAAGACACAAAGUCCCAACAAGCCAGGCUUUACAGUGGAUGUGGCCAUGUAGUACAGUAGGACAGGAGAAGCUUCAUAAAUAGAGAUGUUCUGUCCUAUUUGCGGUAAUUUUCGUUUUUCCAGACAUAGAAUGGGAYUGACAGAGACGAGUUCUCUCGAGGCCAGUGGUGGAACUGCUGUCCUAAGGCACCAUCAGCGUUCUGCUGCCCACCUUGGGCGGGGCAUUKUGCUGACAAGUGAGGAUCCUCUUCCUGCUCUGUGAGUGAUCCUGGGUCAGAAACCUGUGCAGCUUCUACUGGAUCUUAGUAGGACGUCUGUAAAGUGAUUGAACUGAAGGCCGUCCAUACAAACUGUCGUAUUCAGGCACUUUAGCUCUUCAGAGGGAAACUGGGGGUGAGGACAGAGGAGCAGUAAUUUUUACCUUCAGAUAAGCUUUACAAAACACCAGUAGCCUCUACGGUUUUUGCAUUGUGRUACAAAUCUGUCAAAUAUCUCAAAGAUCGCAAGUUUUCUCAAGAUGAAGAGAAAGAUAAAUCCAGGAACUUARAACUAAAUGAAAAUGUGCAAGGAAGGUUUUACCACUUAAAAUUGCUCUCUUGUUUGCCUGUAGAGUUCUUGUAUUACUGAGUUUGCUGUAUCUGCAAAUAAAACCUGCUUCCAGGCA